GGGAAGCCCCGCCGCCCCGCCCGGCCCCGCCGCUCCGCCCGGCCCGGCCCGGCCCGGCCCCGGGAGGGCCCUCCGCGGAGGGCGUGGGGCUCCGGCGCUGCCGGCGAGCAGGUGACACCGCGGGCUGCCCUGCGCCGUGUGCGCGGCAUGUGCGCGCCCCUGUAGCCCCCAUGGGCGGCGGCGCCGGCUCCUGCCUCUGCCCCCCGUCUCUGGAAGUCCAGGCAGGAAACGCUCCUCAUGUCUCCCAGAUAAAAAUAAAAGCGACUCCCUCCUCCCGGCCGCAGAGUACCCCCGAGCUCGGCCAGACGCGGGGCUGAGCCGGCCCCGCCGCCCGGCAGCGCCUCGCCCCCGCCGCCCCGGAGCGCCGGGCCGCGCCGCCCGCCCCAUGGACAUCGCGACAGGUCCCGAGUCCUUGGAGAGGUGCUUCACGCGGGGCCCGUCGGACUGCUCAAAGAUGCUGGACGGUAUUAAAAUGGAAGACCACCCUCUGCGCUCGGGUCCCGCCACGUUGGGAGUGCUGCUGGGGUCGGAGUGCCAACACCAGGCCGUCUGCGAGGGCUGCCAGCGGCCCAUCUCGGACCGGUUCCUGAUGCGGGUGAACGAGUCCUCCUGGCACGAGGAGUGCCUGCAGUGCGCGGCGUGUCAGCAAGCCCUCACCACCUCCUGCUACUUCCGGGACCGAAAGCUCUACUGCAAGCAGGACUACCAACAGCUGUUUGCUGCCAAGUGCAGUGGCUGCAUGGAAAAGAUCGCCCCGACAGAAUUCGUCAUGAGAGCCCUGGAGUGCGUUUACCACUUAAGCUGCUUCUGCUGCUGCGUUUGCGAACGCCAGCUGAGGAAAGGGGACGAAUUUGUUCUUAAGGAAGGGCAAUUGCUCUGCAAAAGUGACUAUGAAAAAGAGAAAGACUUGCUGAGCUCGGUCAGCCCAGACGACUCAGACUCAGUUAAAAGUGAUGAUGAAGACGGAGAUGUUAAGCCCACCAAAGGACAAGUAACCCAAGGAAAAGGAAGCGAUGAUGGGAAGGACCCAAGAAGACCUAAACGACCAAGGACAAUACUUACCACACAGCAGAGACGAGCAUUCAAAGCAUCCUUUGAAGUGUCUUCCAAGCCCUGUAGGAAGGUCAGAGAAACACUAGCAGCUGAAACAGGACUCAGCGUGCGAGUUGUCCAGGUCUGGUUCCAAAACCAAAGAGCAAAGAUGAAAAAACUAGCACGAAGGCAUCAGCAGCAGCAAGAGCAACAAAACUCGCAGCGACUAGGGCAAGAAGUGAUGUCCAACCGAAUGGAAGGGAUGAUGACAUCUUACACACCACUCGCACCACCACAGCAGCAGAUUGUAGCAAUGGAUCAAAGCAGUUAUGGCACAGACCCAUUUCAGCAGGGUCUUACCCCUCCACAAAUGCCAGGCGACCACAUGAACCCUUAUGGAAACGACUCCAUUUUUCAUGAUAUCGACAGUGAUACCUCUUUAACUAGCUUGAGCGACUGUUUUCUUGCCUCUUCCGAAGUUAACUCCAUGCAGGCUAGAGUAGGAAACCCCAUUGACAGGCUGUACUCUAUGCAGAGCUCGUAUUUCGCCUCAUGAAAAUAAAAGAAAACAAACAGCCGGCGUGUAUUUAGCCAGUGACUUUUUCCAGUGCAGACUCUACAGCCAUAUGUUGCCCAGCUCUUUCUUCACAGUGACUCCUGCUGCCUCUGGACUGCAAAGAGCAUUUUUAGGAAGACUGUAUCUGUGUGCAUAUAUGUGUAUGUAUGUAUAUAUAUAUUAAUACCUACCUACAUACAUACAUAUAUAUAUAUGUAAACAAAACGCAUCCACCAGUCCUACCCUUG